AUGUGGGCGGCGGAGGCGCCCUUCUCGCGGUCGGGGUCGUGGCGGGAGGCGGAGGACGAGCAGGAGGCGCUGCGCUGGGCCGCGCUGCAGCGCCUCCCCACCGUCGCGCGCGCCAGGAGGGGCCUGCUCAGGUCGCCCGCCGUCGCGCCCGGCGCCUCCGGCGCGGGCGGCCCGGUCGAGGGCGACGACGCGCUCUGCGAGGUCGACGUCACCGGUCUCUCCUCCGGCGACCGCACCGCGCUCGUCGACCGCCUGCUCGCCGACUCCGGCGACGCCGAGCAGUUCUUCCGCCGCAUACGCGCCCGCUUCGACGCGGUGCACAUAGAGUUCCCCAAGAUCGAAGUGAGGUACGAGGACCUGACGGUGGACGCGUACGUGCAUGUCGGCAGCAGGGCGCUGCCCACCAUCCCCAACUUCAUAUGCAACAUGACAGAGGCAUUUCUGAGGCACCUGAGGAUCUACAGAGGGGGACGAAUGAAGUUACCUAUAUUGGACAACAUUAAUGGGAUCAUUCGCCCAUCAAGAAUGACACUGCUUUUGGGCCCUCCAAGUUCCGGGAAGACCACCUUGCUUUUAGCACUUGCCGGUCGACUUGGUCCUGGACUAAAGAUGUCUGGGAGCAUUACUUACAAUGGCCACCAUCUAAACGAAUUUGUGCCUCAAAGAACAUCUGCUUAUGUAAGUCAGCAAGACUGGCAUGCUUCAGAGAUGACCGUCAGAGAAACCCUGGAGUUUGCUGGGCGCUGUCAGGGUGUUGGUAUAAAGUAUGAUAUGCUCGUUGAACUUUUGAGGAGAGAAAAGAAUGCUGGGAUCAAGCCUGAUGAGGACCUUGAUGUAUUCAUGAAGGCAUUGGCUCUUGAAGGUAGACAGACGAGUCUCGUGGCUGAGUACGUAAUGAAGAUUUUAGGGCUGGACAUCUGUGCUGACACUAUUGUCGGAGAUGAAAUGGUCAAAGGAAUCUCCGGUGGGCAAAAGAAGCGUCUAACAACAGGUGAAUUGUUAGUUGGGUCUGCUCGUGUUCUGUUCAUGGAUGAGAUUUCAACUGGCCUUGAUAGUGCAACCACAUAUCAGAUUAUCAAGUACUUGAGGGAUUCCACACAUGCUCUGGAUGGCACUACAAUCAUAUCCCUGCUGCAGCCUGCUCCAGAAACUUAUGAGCUAUUCGAUGAUGUCAUCCUUAUAUCUGAAGGUCAAAUUGUAUACCAGGGACCACGUGAAUAUGCUGCUGAUUUUUUUGCUGCAAUGGGAUUCAGGUGCCCUGAAAGGAAAAAUGUGGCAGAUUUUUUGCAAGAAGUUUUGUCCAAGAAAGAUCAACAGCAGUACUGGUGUCAAUAUGAUUAUCCAUACCAGUUUGUGUCCGUAACAAAAUUUGCUGAAGCCUUCAAAACAUUUGUUAUUGGUAAGAGGCUGCAUGAUGAUUUAGAUAGGCCAUACAAUAGAAAACAUAAUCAUCCCGCUGCUCUUUCAACUUCAAAUUACGGUGUCAAGAGGCUUGAGAUUCUAAAGUCCAGCUUCCAGUGGCAGCGUCUGCUGAUGAAAAGGAACUCAUUCAUCUACGUCUUCAAAUUCAUUCAGCUUCUACUUGUGGCCCUCAUCACAAUGACUGUAUUUUUUCGAACAACAAUGCACCAUGAUUCAGUUGAUGAUGGUAUCAUUUAUCUUGGAGCCCUCUAUUUUGCAAUAGUGAUGAUUCUAUUCAACGGCUUUACUGAAGUCUCAAUGUUGGUGGCGAAGCUUCCAGUUCUUUACAAGCACAGAGAUUUGCAUUUCUAUCCACCGUGGGCUUAUACGCUUCCUUCAUGGCUCCUGAGCAUUCCAACCUCACUUAUUGAAUCAGGAAUGUGGACACUUGUAACAUAUUAUGUGGUUGGUUAUGAUCCCCAAUUCACAAGAUUUCUGGGACAAUUUCUGUUGCUUUUCUUUCUGCACCAGACAUCUUUGGCUCUUUUCCGGGUCAUGGCAUCUUUGGGCCGAAAUAUGAUAGUUGCUAAUACCUUUGGAUCGUUUGCUUUGUUGGUUGUUAUGAUUCUUGGAGGAUUCAUCAUAACCAAAGAAAGCAUACCAGUCUGGUGGAUUUGGGGUUACUGGAUAUCUCCUAUGAUGUAUGCACAAAAUGCUAUAUCGGUAAAUGAAUUCCAUGGGCAUUCUUGGAGCAAGCCAUUUGCAGAUCAGAAUAUCACAUUAGGUGAAGCUGUACUCACUGGAUAUGGAUUAUUCAAGGAAAAAUAUUGGUUUUGGAUUGGAGUAGGAGCAUUGUUAGGGUACACGAUUGUUUUGAAUGCCUUAUUUACAUUGUUCUUGACAAUUCUCAACCCAAUUGGGAAUAUGCAAGCUGUUGUGUCCAAGGAUGCAAUUCGAAACAAGGAAUCUAGGAGGAGUGACAGAGUAGCCCUAGAGCUGAGAUCUUACCUGCAUUCAAAUUCACUGAAUGGGCUUAAGCUCAAGGAACAGAAGGGCAUGGUGUUACCCUUUCAACCCCUUUCUAUGUGUUUUAAGAAUAUAAACUACUACGUUGAUGUACCAGAGGAAUUGAAAAAGCAAGGGAUAGCAGAAGACCGCCUUCAGUUGCUUGUUGAUGUCACUGGCGCAUUUAGGCCAGGGGUACUAACAGCCCUUGUUGGAGUCAGUGGUGCUGGUAAAACCACCCUCAUGGAUGUUUUAGCCGGCCGGAAGACUGGAGGACUCAUAGAAGGAAGCAUUUCUAUAUCUGGAUAUCCUAAGAACCAAGAGACUUUCACAAGGAUAUCCGGUUAUUGUGAACAAAAUGAUGUCCAUUCACCUUGCUUGACUGUGAUUGAGUCUUUGUUAUACUCGGCAUGCCUCCGGUUGCCUUCUCAUGUCAAUGAUGACACUCAAAGGGCCUUUGUGGAAGAGGUAAUGGAACUUGUUGAGCUGAAUCCGUUAAGUGGUGCUCUUGUUGGCCUGCCAGGAGUUAAUGGUCUGUCUACGGAACAACGCAAAAGGUUGACGAUAGCUGCGGAGCUUGUGGCAAAUCCUUCCAUUGUAUUCAUGGAUGAACCUACGUCAGGGUUGGAUGCUAGGUCUGCAGCCAUUGUGAUGAGAACUGUACGAAAUAUUGUUAAUACAGGGCGGACAAUCGUGUGCACCAUCCAUCAGCCAAGUAUUGACAUAUUUGAAUCCUUUGAUGAGCUUUUGUUUAUGAAGCGUGGAGGGCAACUCAUAUAUGCUGGUCCCUUGGGUUCCAAAUCGCGGAAUCUGGUUGAGUUUUUCCAGGCAGUUCCAGGGGUGCCUAAAAUCAGGGAUGGCUAUAAUCCUGCUGCAUGGAUGUUGGAUGUCACGAGUACACAAAUGGAGCAGAUUCUUGGAGUGGAUUUUGCUGAAUACUAUCGACAGUCGAAAUUAUUUCUGCAGACCAAAGAAAUCGUCGAGGCCUUGAGCAAACCGAACAGUGAAGUGAAAGAGCUUACUUUCUCUACCAAGUAUGCUCAACCAUUCUGUGCUCAGUUUAUUGCUUGCUUAUGGAAGCAAAACCUAUCAUACUGGAGGAAUCCUCAAUACACCGCAGUUCGGUUUUUCUACACUGUCAUCAUCUCCUUGAUGUUUGGGACGAUUUGUUGGAAAUUUGGAUCUAGAAGGGAGACCCAACAUGAUAUAUUCAAUGCCAUGGGUGCCAUGUAUGCAGCAGUGCUUUUCAUAGGAAUCACUAAUGCCACAUCUGUUCAGCCUGUGAUUUCCAUCGAAAGAUUCGUAUCAUAUAGAGAGCGAGCUGCUGGGAUGUAUUCGGCAUUACCUUUCGCAUUCUCUCUGGUUACUGUGGAGUUCCCUUACAUUCUUGUACAGUCACUUGUUUAUGGUACAAUUUUCUACAGCCUGGGUUCGUUUGAGUGGACAGCAGUGAAGUUCUUGUGGUUCCUGUUCUUCAUGUACUUCACUCUGUUGUACUUCACCUUUUAUGGCAUGAUGACAACGGCGAUCACACCAAACCAUAUGGUCGCGCCUAUCAUUGCCGCCCCAUUCUACACGCUAUGGAAUCUCUUCUGCGGGUUCAUGAUCCCAAGAAAGGUAUGGAACGAAUAUCACCCCCAUGAUCUGAAUCAAAAACUUCCGUCCUACGGUGGACUUCCAGUUCCGUUUCCGUUUGGCAAUCUGGCUGAUCCCAGUGUGGUGGAGGUGGUACUACUGGGCCAACCCGGUGUCCUGGACGCUGUACGGGCUCCUGACCUCCCAGUUCGGCGACCUGGACCAGCCCCUGCUGCUGGCCGACGGCAUCAGAACCACCACCGUCGUGGCGUUCCUGGAGGAGCACUUUGGGUUCCGGCACGACUUCCUCGGCGUAGUCGCCACGAUGGUGAUCGGCUUCUGCGUCCUCUUCGCCGUCGUCUUCGCCCUCGCCAUCAGGAACCUCAACUUCCAGCGCAGAUGAUCGGCAGCAGCAAAUGUACCCCGCGCAGUUUAACUUAA